UUUCGAAUACAGGAUCGAGCGUAAAGCGCUUUGGCAACGUUCUGCAUAAUUAACCGGUGGAGUGUUUUGCGAGAAGAACAUAAAGAUAUUUCUGGAGAUUCGUGCACGGAUAAAAAAGCUUGUCGGGCAUUGUUAUAAAGUUUAUCGAUUUUCUCUUGCAUGCUGUUACAGUUGACAUGAACAUGCUAACAGAUUUCAGUUAAACGGAUUGCCAAAUCCCACAGUGCUUUACGAUUUUGCCGCCAUCUUGUUUAUUUUCAUUGUUUUUGUUCCAUUUUCUAUGUCAGCAAUACCCCUGUACAGGGGUUAAGCCAGCAGACAUUGGGCGAAUUGCUAGUAAACACGUGAAAGUGACCGUAUCCGAAAAGGGUCAAGCAACGCCAGAGCGAGAUCGCCAGCGUACGGUCACUGUUAAAAGUGUUCAAAACAGCAUGAAUCAUGUAAAUGGAAAGCAAGAGGAGGAUAUGGAAAUAUCUAGAGACGACUCCCUAGAUAGAAAUAACAAAAUGGCCAAUGCAGUGAAUGGAGAGGUGGAUGAUGAUGCGGAGAAUAAAGCGGGGAAGAAAGCCAAUGAAGAAACAGAGGAAGAUGACAGCAAAGCCGAAGCUACGUUUAGUUUCACAGUUGAAAAUAUCAGCAAAUUACGAGAAUCUACGCUCAGUCCCAAAUGCAUGGUCCGCAAUUUGCCCUGGAAGAUCAUGGCGAUGCCACGGACCAACAACACUGCUGAGAAGCACUCACAGAAGAGCCUGGGAUUCUUCCUGCAGUGCAAUGCCGAGUCGGACUCCACGUCCUGGUCUUGCAAUGCUGCAGCUGAGCUAAGAAUCAUCAACCAAAAACCAGGGGGUGACGACUUCACUAGGAAAAUCCAGCAUUUGUUCUACAGUAAAGAGAAUGAUUGGGGAUACAGUCAUUUCUUGCCUUGGAACGACCUGCUGGACCCAGACAAGGGUUACUGCAAGGAUGACAGGGUCACACUGCAGGUCCACGUCAGUGCAGAUGCACCCCACGGGGUCAGCUGGGACUCCAAGAAGCAUACUGGGUUUGUUGGUCUGAAGAACCAAGGGGCCACCUGCUACAUGAACUCACUACUACAGACUCUCUUCUUUACGAAUAAGCUGAGAAGGGGUGUGUAUGUGAUGCCAACAGACGGUGAUGACCCGACCAAGAGUGUGCCUCUGGCCCUGCAGAGAGUCUUCUAUGAACUGCAGUUUUCUGAUGCAGCAGUCGGAACCAAGAAACUUACAAAGUCAUUUGGUUGGGAAACAUUGGACACUUUCAUGCAGCAUGAUGUCCAGGAACUGUGCAGAGUGCUUUUGGAAAACAUGGAGAGCAAAAUGAAGAACACUCUUGUGGAUGGAACCAUUCCUAAACUAUUUGAGGGCAAAAUGUUGUCGUAUAUUAAAUGCAAACAUGUGAACUAUUGCUCCCAAAAGGAAGAGGCCUUCUAUGAUAUACAGUUGAAUGUAAAGGGAAAGAAAACUGUGAUUGAGUCAUUCCAGGAGUAUAUAAAAGUGGAAUCGUUAGACGGAGACAAUAAAUAUGAUGCUGGUCAAUAUGGUCUGCAGGAGGCUGAGAAGGGAGUGAUAUUUAAGCAUCUGCCCCCAGUGUUGCAUCUGCACCUCCUGAGGUUUACGUACGACCCAGCAUCAGACGCCAAUGUGAAAAUUAAUGACAGGUAUGAGUUCCCCGAGCGGCUGGACCUGGAGGACUACCUGGAGAAGAAGGAGAAGACGCCGGCCACCUACAUACUGCACGCCAUCCUGGUACACAGCGGGGACAACCAUGGUGGCCACUAUGUCGUCUACAUCUCACCCAAGGGCGAUGGAAAGUACUGUAAGUUUGAUGAUGACGUUGUGUCCAAGUGUACCCGGCAAGAGGCACUGGACCGAAACUUUGGAGGCCAUGACGAUGACAUCUCUGUGAAACACUGCACAAACGCAUACAUGUUGGUCUACAUCAGGGAAAGCUUAAAAGAUGAAAUAUUGUGUUCUGUAACUGAAGAUGAUAUACCCAUGUCUCUCAAAGAUAGACUAGCAGAAGAAAGACGGUUAGAAGCCCAGAAGCGUCAGGAACGCAAGGAGGCCCAUCUAUACAUGAACGUUCAGGUUGUGACGGAGGACUACUUUGGGGGACACCAGGGCACAGAUCUGCUGGAUCUUGAGAAGGCAAACUUCCGCAACUUCCGGGUAAAGAAGUCCUCCACGCUGAAGGAAUUCCUGGAAAUGCUGGCUGAGAAUCUAAACUAUCCAGUCCACCAGAUUCGACCCUGGCCUUUUCAAGCGCGACAGAACCAGACAUACAGACCCACACACCUGGAUGUGGAGGCUGAUAUGAAUAAAACAGUACAGGACCUAGCCGAGGAAGGCAUAUGGACCCUGUUUGUGGAGACAUUGAACCCAGAAAGUUCACAGCAGAGAUUGCAGCACUUCGACAAGGAAAGCGAUGUGCUGUUGUUCCUUAAGAUGUAUGAACCCCGGACCAAAACUAUCAACUACUGUGGGCAUGCAUACGUACCUAUAGCAGCAAAAGGAUCUGAGUUAAUACCAAAGCUGAACAAAAGGGCCGGGUUUGCAGUGGACACCCCUUUACUGCUGUUUGAGGAGGUGAAGCCCAACUUGCUAGAGAUGCUGCCCAACUCUGACCUGCCCAUGGAGAAGAUGCUAGAGGAGCUCAUGGACGGAGACAUCAUUGUUUUCCAGAGAGAUGAGCCCGAUCUAGACUCCUAUGAGCUGCCUACUGCUAAGGACUUCUUUAGAGACCUCUAUUACCGCGUUGAAAUUACUUUCUGUGAUAAAAAUGUGAUAAACGACCCUGGCUUCACCCUGGAGCUGUCGAUGCGCAUGAACUACGACCAGAUGGCCAAUGGCGUCGCCAAGUACCUGUUAACGGACCCAUACUUACUGCAGUUCUUCAAACCACAAGGGUACAGAGAUGGUCCAGGGAAUGCAAUUAGGUGUACGUUUGACGGUACAUUAAAGGAAUUAUUAAUGUAUUCCAAACCCAGGCAACCAAAAAAGUUAUAUUUUCAACAGCUGAAUAUUCGUAUCAACGAGUUAGAAAACAAGCGUCAGUUCAAGUGUAUAUAUGUAAAUAAUAGGCUUAAAGAAGAGAAGGAGCUGGUGCUGUACCCAGACAAGACAGGCAAGGUGCAAGACCUCCUAGAAGAGGCAAAGAAGCAGAUUGAUCUUGUUGAAACUGGAAAACUCAGGUUAAUGGAGGUGAUAGGCUGCAAGAUCUACUCUAUCCAGCUGGAGGACAUGUCUCUAGAGAUGCUCAACUCCACUGGCACCACGAAGACCCUGCGUGUAGAAGAAAUCCCCAAGGAAGAGGCCCACAUGGCCGCUGAUGAGACUCUCAUCCAUGUUGCUCAUUUUCAUAAGGAAGUGUUCUCAACAUUUGGUGUUCCAUUUUUGCUGAAAAUUAAGAAUAAUGAAAAGUUUUCAUCUGUAAAAGAUAGAAUACAGAAACGUUUGGAUGUCCCAGAAAAAGAGUUUGAGAAGUACAAGUUUGCGGUGAUUGUGAUGGGUAAGGUGGACUACAUAUCGGACGAAGAUCAAGAUCUGAAAGUAAACAUCAAUCAGUUCCUGCCUCACUCAGUCACCGGUGAGUAUGCAGCCGAUGCCAGGCACAGUGGUGGCAACAUGCAAGCGCGGCCCUGGCUGGGUCUGGACCAUGUGAACAAGACCCCAAAGCGAUCUCGUGUUGGCAACUACCUAGAGAAGACUAUCAAAAUCUACAACUGAUUGCGACUAGGCUUUUUCUUAGGCAACUUUUUUAACAUAAAUUGUGGCCCUAUGUGUUGUUUUAAUGGAAAGUCUGUCCCUUUUCUUCAGCCAGUCAAUGGAAUUGGUACAUGUAUUGAGAAAAUAUAAGGGAGUCAGAUUUGUUAUUUUGUCUCCAGAUAUUAUUGUAUGGGAUUGCUUUUCUGUGUUCAGACUUACAGAAUGUUUCCACUGGUAAAUUGAUUGUACAUAGUCAGUUUAGUUUCAGCAUGAUUCAAAUAUGAAGGAAGGUAAAAAGUAUAAUUUGAGUUUUAGAUUGUUUCACAAGUUUAAUUUGACUGUUCGAUGUGGGUUUAAGCAUGAAUAAAAUGUAAAUUAAUUGUACAAAUUGCACUAGUGCUUAUCUGUUCAUUGACCUUUGAUACGAAUAAAAAGGAAGGUGAAAUAUUUUAACUUGAUGUACAAAUUGUUCCACAAGUUGACCUUUCCUGUAAACUCUUUUGAGCAUGAUUAAAAUAUUACAUAAUUUGUAAUUCACUUUUUCUCAAAUACAAAGGGUAUUAUGUGGCAUAUUUGUAUAUGAGAUAUGUUAUAUAUUGAUGUCUGCUUCAAUUAAAUUGGUUUAGAACAUUUUCAGUCUGAAAAUGUGUUUGCAUGAAUUUGAAGUACAAGAAAAGGAACAUCAAAUCAUUUUUGGGGGCAUAAUUGUUUCUUAAACUUCAAUAUAGUGCUUAUUAGCCGGAUUUUUUUCGAAAAAAUCUCGGCUUAUAGAUUGAUGUUGUCGGGCGGGCGGGCGGGGGUGGCGGCGUGCUCGAAAAUGUUAAAGUUCUUAUUUCAUGGUAUAACUUUGGUAUGCUUGGACCUAGAGUCUUCAAACUUGACAUGAAGGUUGGCCAGGAUUAACAGAUGACCACUGGUCAUUUUAAGGUCAUUCAUUUGAAGGUCAAGGUCACUGUGACCUUCAAUAUAAAAAAUGUUAAAGUUCUUAUAACUUUGGUAUGCUUGGACCUAGAGUCUUGAAACUUGACAUGAAGGUUGGCCAUAACUAGUUAGUAACCACUGGUCAUUUCAAGGUCAUUCAUUUGAAGGUCAAGGUCACUGUGACCUUGAAUGUAAAAAUGUUAAAGUUCUUAUUUCAUGGUAUAACUUUGGUAUGCUUGGACCUAGAGUCUUCAAACUUGACAUGAAGGUUGGCCAGGAUUAACAGAUGACCACUGGUCAUUUCAAGGUCAUUCAUUUGAAGGUGAAGGUCACUGUGACCUUCAAUAUAAAAAUGUUAAAGUUGUUAUAACUUUGGUAUGCUUGGACCUAGAGUCUUGAAACUUGACAUGAAGGUUGGCCAGAACUAGUAAGUAACCACUGGACAUUUCAAGGUCAUUCAUUUGAAGGUCAAGGUCACUGUGACCUUGAAUGUAAAAAUGUUAAAGUUGUUAUAACUUUGGUAUGCUUGGACCUAGAGUCUUGAAACUUGACAUGAAGGUUGGCCAGAACUAGUAAGUAACCACUGGACAUUUCAAGGUCAUUCAUUUGAAGGUCAAGGUCACUGUGACCUUGAAUGUAAAAAUGUUAAAGUUCUUAUUUCAUGUUAUAACUUUGGUAUGCUUGUACCUAGAGUCUUCAAACUUGAAAUAAAGAUUGGCCAGUACUAGAAGAUGACCACUGGUCAUUUCAAUGUCAUUCAUUUGAAGGUCAAGGUCACUGUGACCUUAAAUGUUAAAAUGUUAAAAUUGUUAUAACUUUGGUAUGCUUGGACAUAGAGUCUUCAAACUUGACAUGAAGGUUUGCAAGCACACUUAGAUGACCACUGGUCAUUUCAAGGUCAUUCAUUCUAAGGUCAAGGUCACUGUGACCUUGAAUGUAAAAAUGUUAAAGUUCUUAUAAUUUCAUUUUGACCUUUGAACAAUAUUUCAGUAAUUUAAGUAUUGCAUUGACAAAAACACGAAAGGUACUUUCCUGUCAUUUAAAUAAAAAAUCCGGCUUCAAUGCGGUCAUCUCCGACCGCGGAAUUCUUGUCUUUAAGAAAUAAAAUGUGGAGCUACUUUAUUGUCUGCUGAAUAAUAGUUUCAAACUUCAGGGUUGGUUGAAACUGCUGUAUCUACACAACCUUUCUCUGUCAGAUACAUGUACUUAAGUGUGAUACUCGCACAGUAAAUCUGCAGGAUUCAACUUGUAUCCACAUAUUUUUAAAACUUUUCGGUGACAAAUUUAUUUUUGUUUCGUAACCAUGUGAAAUACGAUAAGAAAAGUUCAAGCUUUUCCACAUGACUCUUGCAGUGACCUCUUUUUAUAAUGUAUUAGUUUCCUCAAACUGAAUAGAUUCGAGCCUGUCUCUGGAAAAACUGGGCAGUUUGAACUGGCUAAUCAUGGGGUAAUUCUUCCCCAUGACUUGAUUUUCAUUUAGAAUAGACUUGCUUUAAAGAAAAUUACUUAAAAGUGUAAACUGUGGUCCCGGAUAAGCCUUGGCGGACUGCACAGGCUUAUCUGGGAUGUUGCCUUAAGCUCAUGCAUGGUUUUCAUAGACUGGCUCAUUCGUUUUUUAACUUAAAUUGUGUUACAUAGAUAAAAAAAAUAUUGCACUAACAUAUUUUACUUUGCCAUCUAUCACAUGCAACAUCAUCACAGACAAUACCACAAAUGAAAAGAAACAGAAUUCAAGCAUGUAAUUUACGUUAAUGGAGUCCACAAGUAAAAUGUUGGAGAGCUGUAAAUCUGUGAAUCUCUACAUAGUGUGCACUGCUGCAUUGAAUACUUAGAAAACACAAUGAAAUCUUUGUAAGCAUGAAAUAAUACCCUCUUUUUUAUAAAGUUUUCUGUGAAAUGACGUCUUUAAAAUGAAAGUUCUUGUUUUGUUUUUUUUAUAGAUAAUAUACUUUACUUCACUAAUGAUAAUAGAAAAUCAAUAUUUUCAUGAGAUGUUCAGUCUCUCAUUAAAAUAUUUAUUGCUUUGAUCACUCUAAACUAACAAAUAUUAUCAAUGUAUUGUUGGAAUAUAUAUUAUGCUAGUCAAAUUAUUUCAGUUUGUACUCUAAUUGAACCCUGAUACUUCAUCAAACACUGUACUUGUUUAACGAAUGUUAUCUCAAGGUUCACUACCUUGAGCUUCAAAUAAAAGUGUCUUCAGUAUACUACAAUAUGUAAGGUCACUAGGUACUGUUUGAAUUGAUUAGAGGACAAAGGAUUAUCAAUGAAAACAUUUACCAUUAUGAUAUAAAUAUAAAAUGGCACUUUUUACCCUAAUACACAGUAAUAAAUUAAGAUGUCGUGACAUUUUCAUUUUCCAACAAUGUUAAAAAUAAGGUCAUGUUUAUCAUUGAAUGUCAGUAAUUGAUAGGCUAAAUAGAGGUGAUCCUUUGAAAAUCUUGUUUAGAGUUUGAAUGUGAAAUAAUUUUGAUCAAUAAUUAACAUUUACCCUGUUAAAUUGCAUACUGCAUAGUAAGUAGUCUUCGAUACACAAUAGUUAAUAUGUAUUUUUCGUUAAACACUUCCUGCUUUUUGCUUAGUCACAAAACACUUUCUGUGUACUGCUUUCUGAGGCAGAUUUCUGUUGCACCACACAGUUUGGCAAUACAUUUUCAGGGUGGUCUAUAAUGGAUGCAUUUUUAACCAGGUUUUCCGAAGGAAAAAACUGGUUAUUAGAUUGGCGAAUGCGGGCGGGCUGGCUGGCGGGCGGAACAAGCUUGUCCGGGCCAUAACUAUGUCGUUCAUUGUCAGAUUUUAAAAUCAUUUGGCACAUUUGUUCACCAUCAUUGGACGGUGUGUCGCGCGAAAUAAUUACGUCGAUAUCUCCAAGGUCAAGGUCACACUUUGAGUUCAAAGGUUAAAAAUGGCCAUAAAUGAGCUUGUCCUGGCCAUAACUAUGUCAUUCAUUGUGAGAUUUUAAAAUCAUUUGGCACAUUUGUUCACCAUCAUGGGACGGUGUGUCGCACGAAAGAAUCGCGUCAAUAUCUCCAAUGUCAAGGUCGCCACGACUAAAAAUAUAUUUUUUUUAAAAACAAACUUACAAAGGGGGUUAAUUUUGUUUGUUCAUUUCAAAAGUUCAGUUUGAGCUUUCUCCCUUUAUCAGAUUUUUUUUUCACAAUGAAAACCUGGUUUUGUGACAAUUUUGUCCCUUGUAUAAAUGUUAAUAUAUAAAUGUGGCAAUAUCAAAAAUAUGAUUCUAUGUGCUAUUAAAGGACCCAAGUAGUUAUUAUUAAAAUAAUAAAGUUUUGUAAUGCAUAUUUAAGUGACUCACUUUAUUUUAGCAGGUACACAUUUCAUGGAAUUGGUUUAGUUUCAAACAAGUACAUUAGAUUGAAAUGAGAAUAUUCAGGGAGACGUACUGACCAUCUGCAUGUAUUUCUGAAGGCAUCUAAUGGCGUCUUUGUGCUUUUUAGUUUGUUUUAAUGUCUGUGUUAGCUUGAUGUGUAAAGCCAUGAGUUCAUGGCGAAACUUAAUGUACAUACCUCAUUAUAUUUUUCAAAAAAUUGCAUACAUGUAGAUUGAGAAUUAAAGAGAAAGUGAUGAAAAGAUGACCUGGGAAUUUUUACAACUACAACAAAACCUGCAGAAUUACAAAUUUACUUUUUUAGCAGUCAAGAGGUUUUUGAGUACCAUAUUAUACAUGUAGAUCUUACUGCAGAAAUUGCCAGGACAUUAAUGGUAGCUACAUAUGCCUGGUACUGGUGAUGUGGCACUAAUAUUCUUCUCAAAUAUCAAUAGUAGUGUAGUUCCUUUUUAAGGAUUUUGUAUGCAUAUUCUUAACUUUGUUGUAGGGCAUUUUAUCAUAUUUAUUUAACAGAAUUUAGGAAUACAUGUAUGAACGUUAUCCAUUUAAAUCUUUUGAUAGUUAAUAUAAUGUCCAAAAGAAUGGCUUCUUUAAAUAUAUUUUGGUCUGUAGCCUUGUUUUAAGGCGCCAUACAGGUUUAAAGGAUUGAGUUUGUACUUUGGUAGUUUCACAACGUCAUAAGGUACUGAGGUGCGUACAAUAACUAUCAUGUCUGGUCCUGCAACAUUGAAAGUCAAUUGACACUCAACAUUCCAAGCUACUGUUGUUUUCUUGUUGUUUUGUACUGGGAUCUGUUUUUAGUGGUUUAAAAUAAUUAUUUAACAUUCAAACAGGCUCCACUAGAUUGUGUUUGCAACAGGAUCUAUUUGUACAAUUAAUACCAGCAUCUGGAGUACUUUAAAAAAAAAGUUAAAAUCUUGGUCAGUCACUGACAUGCAUCGUAAUUUUGAGGGCAUCAUUAUCGGAGGAAUGAUCUUUGCAGUGUAUGGAUGCAAUUGUUACUAAGUAUAUGAACGUAAGAAACAUCACACUACUUAUUGACAUAACCAACAUGAAUAUUUGUGAGCUGUGGUAUCGGAAAUCAGGGCUCAAUGCAUGAUAGUAUACUAUAGCCCCAAAUUAGUCUGUACUAAGUCUGCACAGACAAAUCAGGGUCUACAUUUUCCACUUUUCAACUCUAGGGAGCAAUUGUUGUCCCAUGUUAGUCUCCGGAAUGUGCACAGGCAAAUCUGGGACAAUACUUGACGCACAUACAUGAUGCCUGGUUUCCCUAGAGCACAGCUUAUUUCUAUACUUUCAUGGUAGAACAUGUCAAAAUAAAUGCACUAUGUUGUUACCAAAAGCUUGUUUGCUAUACUUUUGUUACCAUAUGUUUGACAUUCUAAACUUUAUUUAUCUUUCUUGUAUCAUCUUAAUCACGAUAAUUGACAAUUCCAUCGAUCCUUACAUAAAUCAAUGUAUUGUGUAGAUACAUUUUGAAUUCAUAGCUUUGUAGCAGCGUUCUCAGCAACAGUAAAUUUUAAGUAUUUAUAUGUACUACAUGUAUCUUGCAGAAUUAUAAAGAUAGCUUCUGACAACAGAGACAAUAAUAAGAAACAGCACUAAAUCUUUGGUACAAAAUUGGACCUUAACAUUUCCCAACAGAUAUUGGCAAGGUUUGCGAAAUGUUUAGGCAAACAAGGUUUUUAAGGGUUUUGUUUUACAGUGUAGUUGUUAUCAAUUUUGUAUGCAUGUUUAGCUAUCUGAUUGUGCUCUUUUGUUUAUAAAUACAAACAAAUGUAAUGUCUAUCACAAUGGCUUACAUUUUAAGAAAAUAAAAUCAUUCAACAAUU